ACGAGCUCGCGUAGCUCGAGGGUCGGCACCAGUUUGUUGUUGCAAGUUGGGGACAAGCGAAUGCAGUGAUGAGGGAGAGUGAUUAGGACUGCAGAUCGAAGUAUGGAAGUUGGUGUAGAGAACAUGGUGAACUCGCUGUUGCAGUGGUGAAAGAGAGACAGAUACAUACAGAUAGAGAGAGAGAGACGGAGGAGGAGGAGGUAUAGGAGGUUUAGGAGGACAAGAAAGCGCUGAAGCAGUCGGUAGUCGGGGAUUGCUGGAGAAAUGAGGACGAAUGCGGGAGCCCGGCUGAGCCUGGACGACGAGAGAGGGUCGUCGACAAGGAGGAAAGUGUCGUUGAGGAGCUGUAAUUUUUGGCUUCGGCCGGUGGAUGCUGGAGCCAUAGAUAGCCGCAGCAUCGGUGUAAAUUGUGGAGCAAGCAUGGGUGCUUUGCGGUAGGGCUGGCUAUUGAACAGGUUGAUGGCGAUGAGUGUUAUCAUUGUACACCAGCGGUAAAGAUGAGUGACAGGCUUGGUACAUGAAUAUUGCGGGUUUAGGGUUUGUUCUGUAAGCAGUAUAUUUCUCUCAGAAUCAUAGUUUCCGGAAGCUCGAGCUUCUAUGAUGCUGGCGGAGGAGAAAGGGUGUAAUUGAUUCUGGGAUUUCUGUCUCAACUUACUCAGAGUAUCGUUGAGUUGAGUGGGGCCACCGUGAUCACGAUUUUAUCGAGCUGCGAAGACUUUGAGAAUAUUGGGCUAUCAGCGCUGACGAGCAGACAUGUCAAACGAAAAGAUGACGUCCUUCUCGGUGGUCAGGAAGAAAACACCAUUUCAAAAGCACCGGGAAGAAGAGGAGGCCAAGAAGAAGCGUGCAGAUGAAGAAGCUGCACGACUUUAUGAAGAAUUUGUGGAAUCCUUCAAAGCGGAUGAUACGCCUGGUGGUAAAGCCUUCGUCAGGGGAGGUACAAUCAACCCUAAUGAACGCGUGAAACCUCCUCCCCCCGGCGCACAGUUACCUGAUGAUAGGGGUCCCAGUACGAAGGAGAUGGAUUCUACAGCAUCCAAGAAACCUGGGAGCAGAUAUGUUCCCUCGUUCAUCCCCCCUGGUUUAGCGGCAAUGGUCAACAAGGAGAAAGAGCCUGAAAAGCGAAGAGAGGAAGAUAAGAAUAAAGAGAGGGAUCGGGGGAAGUCCCGAAAUAUUGAUCACUUCAUGGAAGAACUGAAGCGAGAACAAGAAGCACGGGAAAAGCGAAGUCAAGAUCGUGAACACCGUCGCGAUGGAAGGAGUACCCGGACGAGCGGGAACAUCACCGUCGAUACCAUUGCUUCAGAUAAUCCUCCUACCCGAUUUGAUGAACUCCCAGAAGAACUGGACGCAAAUGGCAAGCUUCCAGGCUCUUUCGAUGAUGGAGACCCACAAACUACCAACCUUUACGUGGGAAACCUCUCACCUCAGGUAGAUGAGAACUUCCUUUUGCGGACUUUUGGUCGCUUUGGACCAAUUGCAAGUGUGAAAAUAAUGUGGCCCAGGACUGAAGAAGAGCGUAGGAGGCAGCGGAACUGUGGCUUCGUUGCUUUUAUGAAUAGGGGAGAAGCUCAGGCGGCUAAAGAUGAGAUGCAAGGCGUCGUGGUUUACGAGUAUGAGCUUAGGAUUGGGUGGGGGAAAGCGGUCGCCCUACCAGCACAAGCUCUCCCUGCUCCUCCGCCUGGACAGAUGGCCGUCCGGCCGAAAGAGGGUGCAACUGCGUCUAACGUCGCUUGGUCUGGCCCCGGGGCUCCACCAGCUCCUACUGUUUCAGGCCAAAAUGCGGAAGUGGUAGUAACUCCGAAUGUUCCAGACAUACAAGUUAUUCCUCCUGAAGAUGAACAUUUGCGUCACGUCAUUGACACCAUGGCCAUGUAUGUUCUUGAUGACGGUUGUGCUUUCGAGCAAGCAAUCAUGGAGAGGGGACGUGGUACCACUUUGUUCAGCUUCCUUUUCGAUCUUGGCUCGACGGAACAUACGUACUACAUUUGGAGAUUAUAUUCAUUCGCCCAGGGAGAUACGCUUCAAAGAUGGCGGACAGAGCCUUUCAUCAUGAUUACUGGGAGUGGUCGAUGGAUUCCACCGGCUCUACCUCUUCAAGAAUUUUCCAAAAGUCCUGAGCGAGAGAAGGCCUCUGGCACCACCUUCGCUGCUGGGAGGGGCAGGAGAACCGACCAAGAGCGCUCACUGACUGACAGUCAGCGCGAUGAAUUCGAGGACAUGCUACGAGCUCUGACACUGGAAAGAAGUCAGAUACGCGAAGCAAUGGGCUUUGCUCUUGAUAAUUCAGAAGCAGCUGGAGAGGUUGUGGAAGUAUUGACAGAGUCGCUGACGCUGAAGGAGACUCCCAUACCUACUAAGGUGGCGAGGUUGAUGCUUGUCUCAGAUGUACUACAUAAUAGUAGUGCUCCUGUGAAGAAUGCAUCAGCCUACCGGACCGGUUUUGAGUCUCGUCUACCUGAUAUAAUGGAAAGUUUUAACGAUCUGUAUCGCAAUAUAACAGGGCGAAUCACUGCGGAGGCUUUGAAGGAGCGCGUGUUGAAAGUGCUCCAGGUUUGGGCAGAUUGGUUCUUAUUUUCAGAUGCUUAUGUCAAUGGUUUGAGAGCAACUUUCCUUCGCCCGGGCAACUCUGGAGUUGCUCCUUUUCACACGCUUUAUGGAGACGCGCUAGCGGGCAAAGAGAACGGAAUACCUACUGAUGGGGAGCCUGGUUUGUACGUUGGAGAAGGCUCAGACACAGGGCAAGACGCAGCUUUAGCAAUUGGAGAAGGAGCUGCCGCAAGGGAACUAGCAAAUCUUCCAUUCGCUGAACUUGAAAGGAGGUGUCGUCAUAACGGGCUUUCGACUCGAGGUGGCCGAGAGGUUAUGGUGGCUCGUCUUCUUAGUCUAGAGGAGGCCGAGAAACAAAAGAAUCAUGAGCCAGAAGAUGACUCCAAAGCUGGGCAAGGUUACUCACUUCACAAUAAAGGCGUUGCUGUGAAGGAUGGAGAUGGUAUGUUCAGAAUGCGAGGAGAGGGUAGGUGGGGUGCUGGCGGGGGUUGGACAGAAGUGGGAACUGGGUGGAGGGAAAUCAGUCGGGAUGAGAGGGAUAAAAUAGAAGUUGGUGAAAAUGGCGAUGGCCUUAGGGAAGAUAGAAGACAAGGUCUUGCGUUGGAAAUAACAACUGGGCUUGGAGUACAAUGGCCUCGGUAUGAAGAAGAUGAGGAUGUGGAUAGCACUGUACGAGCUUCCAGAGAGGGAAGGUCAGGCCCGGGUUCCUCAAGGACUGGCACGUUACCUUCAACACUGGCUUUACCUCAGCCAGAGCUAAAAGUAUUUUCCAGCAAGCCCGAAAAGGUGGACCCCGUGCUCCCAGCCUCGAAAUGGACAAGGGAAGACGAGGCGAGUGAUGAGGAUGAGAAACCAGACAGGAGAGGGCUUGGUUUGGAAUAUUCUUCAUCAGGAAGUGAUGAUUUAUAUGGAGGCACGCCUAAGCCUGAUAAACAAGAUAGUCGCGUUGACAUAAUAGCUGGCGCUGCAAAUGAUACCAGCAUGGAUGAGGAAAGAAGGCAAAAGCUGCGGAAGCUCGAAGUAUCUGUGAUGGAGUACAGAGAAUCUUUAGAAGAACGAGGUUUGAAAAGCUCUGAAGAGAUUGAGCGUAAAGUGUCGCUACAUAGGAAAAGGCUGGAAGUCGAUUGUGGGCUGUCAGAGGGACCCUCUCUGUCUGGAAGAGAUCGGGACAGUAAAGGUGGCGACUUGGGAUCUGAAAGAGGUUUUUUACGCUCAUCAGAAAGAGGUUCCCUGGAAAGAAAGGACAGACGAGACGAAAGAAGGGAAUCCGGUUUCUCAAAGAAGCGCACAAGGAGUCGAAGUCGCAGCAGAAGUCCUUCUCGCGUGAAGGAUCGAUCGAGUAGAGAGAGAGAUAGAGAAAAGGAUAGAGAUAGAGAAAAAGAUAGGGAACGCGAACGAGAAAGAGAACGAGAUAGAGAACGAGAUAAAGACAGAGGGCGAGAUAGAGAAGACAAAGAUAGAGAGAAGGUUGUCACUAGAGACAGAGAAGAACAUGAUAGAGAGAAAGAUAAAGACAGAGAUCGAGAGAGGAACAGAGACAGAGAUCGAGAGAAAGAGAGAGAAAGGGAAAGGGAGAGGGAUAAGAGGAGUCGCAGGAGCUAGGUUUUGUUAAAUUAACAAAUUAAGUACUCACCAAUUGUCUAGUUUUGGGUGGAUGAGUACUCACAAUGCAACUACUUCCGUUUGAUUUUUUCCAAGGGAGUGAAUGAAUUCAUGUGGUAAAAUUAUGAGAGCUAUU